AUGAUUCUUGAUUUACUAAAACACCAAGCAAGGCACACCCCGUUGAAAUCUAUACUAAGACAUAACAUCUCAGCAAAGCGACAACUUCACUACACUUUUCGUACUCCAUCGACGUCAUACAAGACAAAAAUUUUCUUUGGAUUAGCCACUGGUGUAUCAGCACUAUCACUUGGCUACAACUCACAAGUUUACAAUGAUGUGCAUGCUUUGGACACCUCGAUCCAUGAAUUAACGCCGAUAAGCACGGCAGACACUUAUGAAACUGGUUUAUACCAAGCAUCUCAAAAGGAAGAGCAUGACCAGUACGACUCCUCCCGGAAAAGCAAGACCCAGCAUCCAUCCAUAUUUGUGAGAGUUUUAUACAGAACGGCAUUCUUUCUACAAGACUAUCUUAUUGAUCCGGUGAUUACAUUCACUCGAUUUCUUGAAUUGUCGUGUUUGUUCUUGCCGGUUCUAUUGUCGAGUCCCAUAUGUUGGUUUGGAAGAAAGCAUCGUAAUGCAGAUGGUGUCAUGGUUAGAACUGGAGCUACGCUUUGGUACCGCUACCUUCGUUGGUCAGCGGAACAAGCUGGUGCUUCGUUCAUCAAAUUAGGCCAAUGGGCAGCCAGUAGAACCGAUAUCUUCCCACAAGAAAUGUGUGAUGAAUUAGCUACAUUGCACAGUCACGCAAAAGCGCAUAGUUUUGCUCAAACGAAAAAGAUUCUCGAAAAGAGUUUUGGUGGUUUGCCAUUUGAUAAGAUUUUUGAUGAGUUUGAUGAAAAGCCAGUUGGUGUUGGUGCCAUUGCUCAAGUUUACAUAGCAAAGCUUUCCCAAGCAGCUUUAAGCCAAGCGUCAAGACAAGAAGAGGAAAUUCAAAAGAGAUUGCAGAAUCAAAACAAGGAGCACGAGACACAAUUUUUUGAGAACUUGAUUGUUACUGAGAACUUAGACUCAAAUGAACGUGUUGCAAUCAAGGUUUUACAUCCCAAGGUGGAGAUCAAUAUAAAUCGAGAUUUGAAGAUUAUGAAGUUUUUCGCUGAUUUCAUCAACAUUAUCCCCACCAUGGAGUGGUUAUCUUUACCUGACGAAGUUGAACAGUUCUCCAUAUUGAUGCGACUUCAAUUGGAUUUGCGUAUCGAGGCAUUGAAUUUGGCCAAGUUUAGAGAAAAUUUCAAAAGCAGGUUGGAUAUACAUUUCCCCAAGCCUUAUUUAAGUUUCACCACUAGAGAUGUGUUGGUGGAAGAGUACAUCUACGCCAUCCCAUUGAGCAAGAUGUUAUCAUUAACGGAAAACUUUGGCAAAAACUUGUCCAAGGAAAUCAGUGAUAAAGGAUUAGAUGCAUUUUUGAAAAUGUUGAUUUUGGAUAACUUUGUUCAUGCUGAUUUGCAUCCGGGAAACAUGAUGGUCAAAUUUUACAAGAAUGAGCACUUCAAACAUGAAAAGGAGUACAAGAUUGUCAAGACUUCAAAUGAACAAGAAACAAACAAGAUAACUGAGGAGUUGUUGAAAUUGGGCAACAACCAGACGGCAUGGUGCGAAAAACUUGCCCAACUUUACGAACAAGGCUAUCAUGCUGAAAUCUGUUUUUUGGAUGUUGGAUUGGUGACAGAAUUGAACCAUACUGAUAGAGUCAAUUUUAUCGACUUGUUCAAGGCACUUUCUGAAUUUGACGGUUACAAAGCAGGCGAGUUGAUGAUUGAAAGAUCAAGGACACCGGAAACCGCAAUCAACAAGGAAAUAUUUGCUUUGAAAGUGGAAAAAUUGGUUGAUAGGAUGAAGCUGCGUACAUUUACUUUGGGUACAGUUAGUAUAGGUGAUUUGCUAGAUCAAGUGUUGAGUAUGGUUCGUAACCAUCAUGUGCGUAUGGAGGGUGAUUUUGUAUCAGUUGUGGUUGCAAUUUUGUUGUUGGAAGGAAUUGGAAGACAGUUGGAUCCAAAGUUGGAUCUUUUCCAAAGUUCAUUACCUGUGUUGAGAAAACUCGGGGUACUGAAAGAAGGUAGAGAAAUGUUGCGAGAUGAGAAUAGUUUGAGCAUGGUGAAGAUUUGGUUGGCUUUGGAAGUGAGGCAAUUCAUCAAUGCUUCCAUUCUGGAUAUACACAGUUUGGUCAAGGCCGACAUGUUGAGUCCAAACAUGUAA